AUGGCUACUUUAUGAAGAACCUGGUUUCCAGGGAAUCCCUUUGAUGUUGGAGCCUGGGGAAUAUCCUGAUUUAUCCUUCUGGGAAAAGAAAGAAGCAUAUAUUAGGUCCAUGAGGCCCCUGAAAAUGGGUGGACGUAAGGUUGAAUGUACGGAAAACCCCAAGGUGAUCGUUUAUGAGAAGCCUUUCUUUGAAGGAAAUCACAUAGAACUUGAUACAGACUUAGCAGCUCUUCCCAAGGAAGGAAAUCAAGAAGAAGGGUCACAGAUGAAAAAAUUGCUGCUCAAAUCUGUAGGUUCCAUGAAAGUGAAAGGAGGAAUUUGGGUUGCUUAUGAGAAGCCAGGGUUUACUGGGCAUCAGUAUUUGCUGGAAGAAGGAGAGUACCCUGAAUGGAUGGAAUGGGGUGGUUAUAAUGAACAGGUGCAAUCGCUACGGCCUGUUCUAGGGAGUUUGACACAGCCACACAUGAUAAUGUACACUGAAAAAGAUUUUGGAACGAAAGGUUCUAGUAUAAAUGUGUUAGGAAUUAUUUCCAAUUUGAAGGACACUGGCUAUGGACUGAGAACACAAUCCAUAAGCGUUUUAAGUGGAGUGUGGGUGGCUUAUGAAAAUCCUGACUUCACAGGAGAGCAGUACAUACUUGAUAAAGGAAUGUACCCCAACUACGAGACUUGGGGAGGUAGAAGUUGUAAGAUAUCUUCAGUUCAACCCAUAGUUUUGGAUACCACCAGUGAUUGUAUGGGAAAAUUUAAGGUCCAGAUAUUUUCAGAACCAGAGUUCCAGGGUAAAAGUCAAGUAUUUGAUAAAGACGCAUCUCAGAUUGAUGACUCGUUUCCUGCCAGGUCUUCAAAGGUGUUAUCUGGCAGUUGGAUUGCAUAUGACAAGGAAGAUUUUUCUGGUAAUCAGUAUGUGUUAGAAGAAGGCGCCUAUCCUGAUCUGCCUGCAAUGGGUUGCCUACCCCAAACUUGCUUGAAGUCUUUACAAGUCAUAAAUAUUGAACUUUCUGAGCCAGUCAUAGCCCUUUUUGAAAAGGAAAACUUCAAGGGGAAGAAAAUAGAAUUUACUACUGAAAUUGUAAACCUCAAGUUUCUUGGCUACAAUCCUCAUAUAGCUUCAGUACAUGUUCUUGGUGGCGUGUGGAUUACUUAUGAACAUAAUAAUUACAGUGGUCGGCAAAUUUUAUUAAAACCUCAAAAAAUACCAAACUGGCAUGCAUUAAGUGGCUACCACAAAAUAGGUUCGCUGCGACCUUUACUACAGAAACGAGUAUACUUCAAACUUUGCAACAAAGAAACAAGACAGUUCAUAUCAACUGAUGGAAAUGUAGAUGACUUGAACCUUUUGAGAAUGCAGGUUGCAGAAGAUAAUAAAUCUGAUGAGCAAGUCUGGGUUUACCAAGGAGGAUAUCUCAAAUGCAGGAUGGCAGAGGACUUCUGCUUGACAAUCGUAGGAAGUCUGAUCACUCCUGGUGCAAAACUGGGCCUAGCACUUCAACAGAAUGAGGAAAAGCAACAGUGGAAUAUUAAUCCAGAUGGAAGAAUCUACAGCAAGAUAAAACCAAAUUUAGUGCUAGACAUUAAAGGGGGAACACACUAUGAUCAAAAUCACCUAAUUGUCAGCUCAGUUAGUGAAGACAAAGCAACACAAUGCUGGGAACCGCUUGUUGUGUAAAAAUAAUUCUGCUUCAAAGGGAAGAAUUAAGAAUCAGACCCAUCCAGAGCAAUAUACAUGAAGAGUGGCAGAAGAGAAGACACUGGUGUAUUCCUGUCACUGAUUUUAAGGAGAAAAAUAUAUAAUUUAACAUGCCACCUUCACCACUGCGAAGUGUUUUUGUGUACCUGGCUAGAAGUUUUAAAAAAAAAAAGCUCUAAAGAAGCACUCAUUCCUUUUUCCAAGUAAAAUUCUGUCAGCGCAAUUAUUUCAAAGCAGGAUUAAAUUAUUAAUCCGGAGUAUAUUUUAAUGUGCAGUUUUAAAUUAUUUCUGAAGUUUGUUUUAAUCUCCUAGUGCUGUAUGCUCCCCAGUGUAUAUUCUACUUGCACAAAAAAUGAACUGUUUACUAUGUUGUCAAGGACUUUCACGGCCAGAAUUCAUUAGUUGCUGUAUAUUUUCUGGGUUGUGUGGCCAUGGUCUUGGCAUUGUAGA